ACUGUAGGAAGAGAGGGGCAAAAAAGCAGCAGAAAUCAAAGAAAAGAGGAGGAGAUAAGAAAGAAGAUGGAGGAGGAGAAGGUGAGACUGGAGAAGGAGAAGAAAGAGAUGGAGGAGAGGUUGCAGAAGGAAUUGGAAGAGGCAUCGAGAGAGAUCAUUGAGGAGGAAGUUGAGGUGCAGGAGGAGGAAGAGAAAACUAGCGGUGCAGAGACUAGUACAGCCACCCACAUUAAAGUAUAUCAGGGUGAUGAUGAGGAGUGGGUGAAACAGUUUGGCUUCCAUGCUGAGUUGCCGGCAGAGACAGAGGACGAUCAUAAAAAUUUUGUGGCCCGGUUGGAAAGGGCUGCAGAUGAAAGGGGGAGAAAUUUUGUUGGAAGAAAAAAAAUCUCCCUGCGUCAGAAGGCUGUGGCCCAAAAGAGAAAGGAGAUGGAGGAGCAGCAGAGAUUGAAGGAGGAAGGGGAGAAGCUCCAGCAGAGAUUGAAGGAGCAGAAAAGGAAGGAGGCGGCGACGGAGGAGGGGACGACACUGACUACUGACACCCUCCUCCACCACUCUCAGGCUCUAGCUGCUAUCCAACACACCUUGACACACAUCGAGUGCCAACAACAUGCAUUCCAGAUUGUUUGGAACAACUUCCUCUCUGCAAAUGCUUGUCGGAUAGAUGAGCGAACAACAAACUAUGCCCUGCAAUUAGACAAGCUCGUCACCCAAAAGAUUGACAACACCAUCGCCGAGAGGAAGCCAAGUGGCGGUAGUGGAGGUGGAGGAAAUGGAGGCGAUGCAGGAAAAGGAGGAGAUCACAGGUAGAGACAGCUCCAUGGAGGAGGAGAAAGACAAAGAAUGAAAAUGAAACUGCGAACAACCU